AUGUGUCACAACAAUCCGAACUGGAUAGAGACGCUUCCGGUGGUUCUGUUGGGUCUUCAAACGAGUUUUAAGGAAAAUAUUAAAGCCAGCGCAGCUGAGCUGGUGUAUGGUAUGUCGCUGCACCUCCCAGGUGAGUUUUUCCUCAACGAGGAGAGCACCACAGAUCCGCAAACAUUUAUUAAGAGAUUCCGUGAGAGUAUGCGAGAAAUUAGAGCGAGGCCUGUAGCUCGCCAUGAUAAAAGAAAAGUUUUUGUACACAAAACAUUGUAUUCAUGUACACAUAUAUUUGUUCGAGUCGACGCGGUUAAGAAACCGUUAGAACCUCCAUACGAGGGUCGCUUUGAAAUUAUAAAACGAAUAACAGAUACUAUUUUUAAAAUUGACGUUAAAGGUCGGCGUACUAAUAUCUCUACAGAACGACUUAAACCUGCAUUUUUUGAGGCCGAAACGACGGGGGAGCCAGAUGCCAGGAAUUCGGCGCAGACAGCGAUUAAAACAUAUGUUAAGCCAAAGAAGACUGGUUCAAUCCCAAAGAAGACUGAUGUAAUUCCAAAAAAGAUUGAUGUAAUUCCAAAGAAGAUUAAUGUAAUUACAAAAAACCUGUUACAUUUAAAGAAUAGGUAA